CUUCACGCCAUCCGUUCUCCCAACCCAAAUGCCACUCCCUUCUCUUCGUCUCAAAGAGAAGCGCCUAAUAUAACCCAAGACAUACCCUAUCCUCUUCUCUUCUCUUAUUGUUCUAUACCAAUGGCGUCUUCCAGUAUUAGCCCUUGUUUCCUUUGUAUCUUCUUAGUAGUAGCUUCUCUUCUAUUCCAGUGCUCCUAUGGGGCUAGAAAGCUCAAUGCUUUGGUGGAAGAACCAUCCCCUGUCUUAACCUACCACAAGGGAGCCCUCCUCACGGGACCUAUAUCGGUAAACCUCAUCUGGUACGGUAAGUUCACCGCCACCCAGCGAGCCAUCAUCUCCGACUUCGUCACAUCCCUCUCCUCGAAGGGUGGUGGCCAGAAGCAGCCGGUGCCGUCUGUGUCCACCUGGUGGAAUACCACCGAGAAGUACUACGCCCGGUCGAAGACCAAGUUCCCUACGCUUACCCUCGGCGACCAGAUCCUCGACGAGUCCUACACUCUCGGGAAGUCCCUCACGAACGCCGACAUCGCCAAGCUGGCGAGCCGCGGGGCGCCGAAGUACGCCGUCAACGUCGUACUGACGGCGGAUGACGUCGCCGUCGAGGGCUUCUGCAUGAGCCGGUGCGGGACCCACGGGACCUCACCCCGGUCCAAGUCCGGCCGGUUCGCUUAUAUCUGGGUCGGCAACUCGGCGACCCAGUGCCCGGGCCAGUGCGCCUGGCCCUUCCACCAGCCGGUCUACGGGCCCCAGAGCCCGCCGCUGGUGGCGCCCAACGGCGACGUCGGGAUUGACGGCAUGGUGAUCAACUUGGCGAGCAUGAUGGCCGGGACGGUGACCAACCCGUUCGGUAACGGAUUCUACCAGGGGCCGAAGGAGGCGCCGUUGGAGGUGGCGACGGCGUGCACGGGGGUGUACGCCAAGGGGGCGUAUCCGGGAUACGCCGGCGACUUGUUGGUGGAUCCCACCACGGGGGCGAGCUACAACGCAAAUGGGGCCCACGGGAGGAAGUACCUAGUUCCAGCCUUGUUUGACCCGUCAACGUCCAGCUGCUCUACCUUGGUGUAGUGGGAGUGGUGUGGUGUGUUCUGGGGAUGUAUACGGCUAAAGAGAGCAGUGGAAGAACGGGGAUAUAGAUUGUCUGUAAUUAUUUCAUUCAUUUUCGAAUUACGUUUUUGUUUCAUGUUAUUCAUUUGAUGCUUAAAAUUUAGAUAAUAGAGAUUAAAACCACGGGGAUGGUAGUAGAAUUAACAUUUUUCCAACUUGUGCU